CUGGUGAGUAGAGAACGGCACUGUGUUUCUUCCUGCCCCUCCUCCUGCUGCUCUGCAGGCACAAACAUUGCCACAGGAGGAUACGAUUUCAUAGCAACCACCUCGAGAUCCCACCCAUCCUAUUCUCCAGCUCAGAGACCAGGGGGAGGGAGCAGCAGGUGCAUAUGCUAUCGACUGCUCAUUCGCUGGGAUGCAGAAAAGCUCCUCAGGUGGGCAGCAUAGCAGCAGUCGACUCCUCUUGUCAGGUGAGUCGCCACCUCCUGUGGAUCACUCUCACAAGAGACGUGGUCUAGAGGAGCUGUUUUGCUCCAUGAAAGAGCUGAUCUGCCUUUGUUCUUUGGGAAAACCGAAACCAAGAAUUGAUCUAUGUUCAGGAAUGAAGAGCUGAUCUAAUGAGAGGAACCAAGAGUAAUCUAAUGAGGCUUCAAACACCAAGAAUUGAUCUGACAAGACUUUAGGAACUUAAAAUCAAGACUUGACAAAGAGUGAUCUCACAAGGUUUCAAAAACCAAGAGUUGAUUGGACAAGACUGGAAGAACCAAGAGUAACCUGACACGACUUCAGGAACCAAGAAUUUAUCUAGCAAGACUUCAAAAACCAAGAAUUGAUCUGAAGGGGCUUGAAGAACCAGGAGUAACCUAAUAAGGCUUCAGGAACCAAGAGUGAGCUGACAAGGCUUCAGUGUUGCUGCUGAGUAUCUUCCUUACAGUAUCUCCCUCACAGCAUCCAAGCAGACUAAACCAAGAAAUGGCAAGUGGGGCGCUGGAGAUUGCAGCGCUGUGCCUGACUCUACUUGGCCUGAUUGGGGCAGCGGCCAGCACGGGGAUGCCCAUGUGGCGCGUUACAGCUUUCAUUGGUGAGAAUAUCAUCGUCAUGGAGACACGCUAUGAAGGCCUGUGGAUGAACUGCUUCCGGCAGGCCAAUAUCCGGAUGCAGUGUAAAGUGUACGACUCCCUACUGGCCCUGACACCGGACCUGCAGGCGGCCCGAGGCCUCAUGUGCUGCUCGGUUGCCCUGUCUGCCAUCGGCCUCCUUGUGGCCAUCAUGGGGAUGAAAUGUACCGCCUGUAUCCGUGACAAUGACCGGGCCAAGCGGAUGGUACUGAUUGUGGCUGGCAGCAUGAUCAUCCUGGGCUCCCUUUGCUGCCUCAUUCCUGUCUCCUGGACAGGCCAUGUGAUCAUCCGCGACUUCUACAACCCUCUGCUGCUGGAUGCCCAGCGCAGGGAGCUGGGAGAGGCUCUCUACAUCGGCUGGGUGUCCUCUGCCCUUCUCUUUGUGGGCGGCUGCAUAUUCGCCUGCUGCCAUGAGUCCAUAGACAAGGAGCCCGACCGGAAACCCUACGGCUACGCCAGGAACGUUCCCUAUGUGGCCUACGAGCCGCAACCCAUGACCUUCCAACCCAGACCAGCUGCUGUGUCCUACGGCUACCCUUCCAGGGAGCCUUCCAUCAUCCAGACCUCCAGACAGCCCUCUAUGAUCCAGCCGUCCAGACAGCAGUCCUUUAUCCAACCCUCCAGGCAGCAGUCCUUCAUCCAACCCUCCAGGCAGCAGUCCUUCAUCCAACCCUCCAGGCAGCAGUCCAUCCGCAGUGCUGUCGCCUACCUAUGAGUGCUAACACUGAGAUGAAGCUUAAAUGUGGAUUGCACGUUAAUGUUAGAAGGAGUCUCUAACAAGCCACUGUAUAUGCAUAUGUGUUUGUAGCUUGUGGAGAACACGCACUUCUGUUUACGACAGGUUGCUGAAUUUGAGUGGACAUUUCUCUGUUUCACUUCAGAUAAACAAUGAUUUGGUGGGACCAACUUUUUAUGACUAAUGAACCGUCGAUAUUACUGAGAUUACAAGUAUAAAUUAUAUACUUUCUGUAUCUGUUGUCAGAACUGAGAAAUUUCACUUAGUUAUUUAGAAAUUCUGCAUAAUUAAGUGGUUAAGAUGUAAACAGAGUCGUUCAGAGUGGUUUGGUGUGAAAUACUCUAUUCUAGAAAAACGUAUAGAGUCAGAAUUGUUAUGUUUGCAUUGUAUACCUCAUGACCCCUGGUUCCUAUCACCACCACUGUAAAGUGUCUCUACAAUGAACCAUUUCACCCCAAACCAAUGAUUGACAUUAUUGAAUGUUAAGUUUGUCUUUGGUGUGUAUAUCACUUAUGUGUCUAUUUCAAAAGUCAACAUGUUUCACUGUUUAAAUAUUUUCAAGAUUGUUUUGGGCAGCAUGUCGCUGCUGUAGGAACAAAACCUUGUAUCUCCAAAAUGGUAACUUUACAGGAGAAAGAAAAAAACAUAUUCUACUUUUAAUGUAAGUCAGUGGAACCAGACAUUUUCCAAGUAAUUUUGUAAAGAGCAACAGGCAUUUUUGCAUUAUGUCAAAAACUGAAAAACGACAAAAAAUGAAGAUACAAGGUUUUAUUCUGACAGCAGUGAUAUUUUGUGAUCAGAGGUAUUUUUUCUUUAUUAACAUUGUCUUAGCACUGAAUUCACUGUGAUGUUGGACUAUAUGGUUGAUAAACGUGUGAUUUAUACGAAACAGUGAAAGCUCUUUCCUUUG